AUUUGUCCAAUCAGAGAAGGGAUUGCAUAGUCGCUCAGUCAUUUCGCACAACACAGCAAGUCAAGAUGACAACAUACACAGAUAAAGGUCCUAAGCCCGAGUCGGGGAGGUUUGUCACCUUCGACCAUGUCACGUUCUGGGUUGGAAACGCUAAACAGGCAGCAUCUUUCUAUUGUUCGCGCAUGGGCUUUGAGCCCUUCAUGUACAAGGGGUUGGAGACAGGCAGCAGAGACAUUGCGGCGCACGCAGUCAAGCAGAAUAAGAUCAUAUUUGUAUUCCAGUCCAUGUUGGAGCCUAACAAGCCACAAGAGUUUGGUGACCAUUUAGUAAAACAUGGAGAUGGUGUCAAGGAUGUGGCUUUUGAAGUGGAAGAUGUCGAUGCCAUCUUUAAGCGAGCUGUUCAGCGUGGCGCCAUCGUGUUGAAGGAACCCUGGGAGGAGAGUGAUGAUAACGGAACUCUGAAGAUGGCAGUGAUCCAGACGUAUGGAGACACAACCCAUAUGCUGAUAGACAGGUCCAACUACAAGGGCCCCUUUCUCCCCGGCUACAGGGCUGUCGCUGACAAGGACCCUCUCACUGCACUCCUCCCCCCAAUAGACCUGCAGAUGAUUGACCAUAUUGUGGGGAACCAGCCUGACAGCGCCAUGACAAAUGCAGCAGAAUGGUAUGAGAAGAACCUAAUGUUCCACCGCUUCUGGUCCGUGGACGACUCCCAGAUCCACACCAACUACUCCUCGCUCCGCUCCAUCGUGGUCACCAACUACGAGGAGACCAUCAAGAUGCCCAUCAAUGAACCCGCACCAGGGAAGAGGAAGAGUCAGAUUCAGGAAUACGUGGACUACUAUGGAGGAGCAGGGGUCCAGCACAUCGCCAUGAAGUCCCAAGAUAUCAUCCAGACGAUCCGCAACCUGCGAGCCCGUGGAAUGCAGUUUAUUCAAGUUCCCAGCACCUACUACACCAACCUCCGCAAACAGCUGGCCAACUCUAAAGUGAAGAUCAUUGAAGAUCUUGAUGUACUCCAGAGUCUGAACAUCCUUGUGGACUAUGACGACAAUGGCUACCUGCUCCAGAUCUUCACCAAGAUCAUACAAGACCGGCCCACCUUGUUCCUGGAGGUCAUCCAGAGACACAAUCACCAGGGAUUUGGCGCGGGAAACUUCAAGUCUUUGUUUGAGGCCAUCGAGCAGGACCAGGCAGACCGAGGCAACCUGUGAUUAGGGUCCUGUCCACACUGUCUGGUGUACAUAGGAACUAUAUGCUGUUUGUAACAUGUUCUGCACAAACUGGACUUGCCUUAUCCAUAGUCAUGUAAUGAAUCUCACCACUGCUUAUUUAUUCAGAUCUUAUACAGAACUACUAACCAUACAAGUCAAUAUGUGACAUCAAAGUUUUUCAGCACUUUAAUGUGUUUGCUCUCUAACAGAUCUGGAUAAAGUGUGUCAAUAUUUAUUAAGGCUACAACAAUUUUUUUUGUAAGGAAUACAUUUGCAGCUUCCGCUGAAUUCUGAGUCCUUGGAAUGUAAUAUAUAUAUAUGUGCUUGAGUGUUGUGAUGGUAUUGGUCAGUUGGUGGUUAAAUUUUGCAACAAAAAUGCAACAGUGUGUUGUGCAUAAGUCAUUGGAGGAAAACACUGAAACCAAGUGUAAAAAUUAUUACAGAUUGUAUUUAAGAAAGUGCCUUAUGUGAAAUAUGCAAGUAGUAGAAAUGAGAUCGUGUGUUGUAAGAGAAGGACAUGUGGAACACACUUUCCCCAGUGGCCGACCCUGUGAGGAGGCAGAUUGUUAUUUGUUGAAGUAUUUUAACAGUGUAUUUUCUGGAGUUACCUGAAGUAUUUUUCUACCCUGAUGUUUAACUGAGCUACCAUUCAUCCUGUGUUUAAGCCAGCUAUCUCAUCCUCUGUACAGACGCAGCUCUGCAGAUUUGAUUUUGCUCAUACUUGAAAAACAUGUCUAGAUACAUUUUUCAUAGAAAAUGUGAGAUUAGUUUUGGGGUAGUUCCUCUCAAACUAAACUGUUCAAAGUUUCCAAGAGUUAUGUUUCACAUUCAAAUCUAUUGUGGGCCUAUGUAGAUGGGGACUCUGGUCUUGGACAGACAGACAGCCAAAGAGGUGUAUCAGUAAGGUGUGAUAUUGCAAAGAUAAGUAUUUUGACAUUUUCUGAAUCCAACAUAAGAAAAAUAUCAAAAUAAACUUCGAACAAUUUGAAACUGUUGACAAUCAUUUUACCAUUGAUUUUUGAUGAUCGUGCUUGACUAGAUUAAAAAAGAAGACAAUCAGACAUAUUUCAACACACAAUGUUUGAUGUGUGGGUGUUUAUGAAGGCUUUGAUGUGUGUAUUCACAUAUAUAUGUAUUGAUAUAUAAUUGUAAGAUUGAAUGUACCAGUUUGAUAAAGAAGUGAAAGAGGUGUGUAGAAUAUUCCAUCUACAAAUAAGUGGUAGAAGGUUGUUAAACGUUACAUCAGCAUUCCAUACUACCCACAUCAGUCAAUGGAUUCUUGACACAAAUAUAGACACAGGUGUUUAUCACCAUCUGAAUUGUUGCAAGUGUGAAUAAAAAAUUAUGUAUAUUGAAUAUGCAGCUAAUGAGCCUGAGUUGUAGCCGGGUAUGUAGUGUGUUCAAGGGUGGUGGGGUAGCCUAGUGGUUAAAAGUGUUCGCUCGUCACGCCGAAGCCCAGGUUUGAUUUCCCACAUGGGUACAAUGUGUGAAGCCCAUUUCUGGUGUCUCCUGCCGUGAUAUUGCUGGAAUAUUGCUAAGAGCUUGUAAAACCAUAGUCACUCACUCACUCGUGUGUUCUCUAUUCAAAAAGGCCUGGGUUUGAUCCCCAAAAUGGAUGCAAUGUCUGAACAGUGUUAAAUUUACAAAAUUGCCAGGCUGCCAUCAGGACCCACAGACUUUAGAAGCUGCAGGCCCUGACUAAACUCUUCAGGCCCUCAUGUCAAACACUGCAGCUUCUUGUGACAAAGACAUUGGCACAUAAAUUUACUGCAGGCCAUGACCCAUGCAAAUGUGAAUUGGACACACGAUCUACCGGCAGGCGCUUAUUUCAAACACUGUGCAUGAAGCCCAUUACUGGUGUCCCCCACCGUAAUAUUGCUGAAAUAUUGCAAGAAGUGGUGUAAAACCAUACUCACUGACUCACUCAUUCCCUAAACUGGUGCAAUUUAUGAAGCACUAUUAACCUGAACACACUAUACCAGGGCUUUUUGAAAUUUGUUAUUCCCUUCAGUAGUACAUGUAUGUUAACUUAGGUUGUCUUUUUUAUCAAACUGGUACUUUGUGAAUUGUGAUUGUGUACAUAGUUGGUUUUGACUACUCAUGUUUAAUAUCAGUAUUGUUGAUGUAAUACUUCGUGAUGAACUGGGCCCAUUUGGCAGCUGAUGCAAUGUAUAGUAUUGUGAAUAGUGUGAAUGAAGCAAGACAAAUCCAUGCAUAAUUGGUUUUUUUCACUAAUUUUCUCUAAGAACAUUUCUAUUCUAUUCUGUUUUUUCAUGACUUUUCAGGAAUGUUUUAAGAGGGUCUACAUCCAGCGUGUCCAUGUCUGGUCUUGAUCUAGACAUUGUAACUAGUGCCAUGUGGGAACCGUCUCCCUUGAAUUUGGGGAAUUGUUAACUGAUCUUUGUCAUAAAAUUUCAAAGACCAAGUGUGCUUUUAAUGACUUGAAUCCAAUGUCCAGCGGGGGCACAGGUGGCCUAGUUGUCUAAGGCGCUGCGAUUCGCUUUGCAGAGUUGCGUCCCUUGGGCAUGCCAGAAACCUAUGAUUGUAGGUUCGAAACCCGGUUCACCCUGAUUAUGUUUCUAGGUUUGUCAGCACCAUACCCGUUCCCCUGGGUUUCUGAGACUUGUAUCACUUCACUUCUAAAACUUAGUUCAGUCAGUACAUCAAUGUUUAAUAGAGGGAGUCCAAAUGUUAAAAGUUUUUGUAUAGUAUAAGUGCUACAAUAUGCUGCUUUUUUUUUUACAUAUAGUUUAUUUUUUCUAGACUUCAACCAUAUCUUUUCUUGAAAUAUACAGUAUUAACUACCGAUAUAUAUUUGUCUGGCACAAUGAUAUAUGUUAUUUCUAUUCAGUUGUAAUUAGAGAAUUUGUUGACCAGUUUUGUUUUGAUAUGUACAUUUGUUUUGAAUUGAGUUAUAUUUAAGAAUAAGAUUUGAGUCUGUGGUUUUUAUUGGUUAAGUUUGCGAAUUUUACUGUAGACAAUCUGUUUGUUUGUGAGUGAGUAUUUUUGUGUUUUAUUGUAAAGAUUUGUUGAUAUAUAAUCGACAUUCAAGACUUGAUAUCUCUUAUAAUUGAAACAAGUGAUCAUUUUGUACUAAUAUAUCCCUGCUUGCAUGUCAAAUCUUUGAACAUUUUAAGAUAUAAGCAUCUUAAUUCAAUUUUCUGCUUUUGUGAUGCUGCCUUUUCAAGACUUACUCAAUACCUAUCUGUUCUGGAACCUUUGUUCCCAGUGCCUGAGCUGAUGAUGAUCAUUAUCAUAAUCCGGAUGCUGUGUCAACUAUUUUAUACCAGGGCUUUUUGAAAUUUGUACUUUUCUUUCUUAACAUUGUCUACCUUUAUAUAUGGAUAAAACUGUUGCGCAAAACACACAGGUGCAUUUUCCGAACAUGUUGGCAUUUACUUAUGCCCCUGUGUUGUCUGUGGAGAAGUAGUCUUGUGAAUGUGUGAGGACAUGCUUAGCUAUUAUUGUAUGAUAUUCUCUGUAUAUGGUUAUGGUGUUUGAAAGAGUGGAGUGGGAAAUAAAGAUUAUAUUCACA